UUGUAUGACGUAGCCUGUGUGCUUUCCGGAAGUAUGUGAGCGAUCCAUGUGUGGCCGUAGUUUUAUUUCUUUUUUAAUGACGAUUUCUUAAAAAUUGUGCAUUAAGUAUUUUGUGAUGUUAUUCCGUUGAACGUGAUUAGUUUUCAUUAUAGGUCUUAUUGCCGACGUUACAUCAGAUGUUCAUUUCCUCAGAAAAAUGGCUUUCCUGUACACCUGCGCCGUUCACUCUGGGUUUUAGGUUAUUUGAGUUUUGCUGCAUCAUUUAACAAACAAACGCUAGAUUGAGGAUUGACAUUAUGGUCGAAAACUCGCCCUCUCCUCUACCGGAGCGGGCCAUUUAUGGAUUUGUCCUCUUCCUGGGCUCUCAGUUUGGUUUUUGUCUGUACAUGGUGUGGGCGUAUAUCCCAGAGUCUUGGCUAAAUUCGGUUGGCCUCACCUACUGGCCUCAAAAGUACUGGGCCCUUGCAGCUCCGAUCUAUCUACUGGUCGCCAUCACUAUCUGUUUCAUCCUUCUGUUUGGUGUGAACAUGAUUAACACCGCCCCCCUAUGGUCAGUGGACACUAUCACAGACUGUUAUGCCAUGAGCCAGCAGGAAGACGACUGUGAGAAGCUCAUACCAAGAUUAAAAGACGUCUCCAUCAGCGAAGUUAAUCGGAUAUUCUAUCUGUUACCUCACAAAUGUCACUGAUCUUCCAGAUUAAAAACCUAAAACGUGUUGUUUUUAGUAAUUUCCAGUUUUUUUGUCUCUAAUUUAAAUAACUUAAAACAAAAGAAUUGUAUAGCCAAAUGAAAAUACAUAUGUAAUACAAAAAAGCUGCUGUUUCUGGUGUAAUCUUUUAACAAAUCUAAAUGAGAAUCUUUCGAAUGUUGUAAUAACACACAGUAAUUGUAUUAAUUUCUUUUUUUUUCUUUACAAUUAUUCAGCAUGUGAAUUGUUCUUCACUAACCCAACCAUCUUACAUCCACUUGUUUUGUACCGGUUUGCAGGUGACUUUUAAUUAUUAUUUUUAUAUUUAUUAUUUUUAAAUAAUGGCAUGUAAAGUGUGUAUAUGUUAAGGACCUUGUCUGUCUUCCUCUUCCUCACUGUCUAACAGACAUGUGAUUCCCUUCUAUGUAAAAAUACAGUGUGUGUAGUAACA